UUCCUCGCCCGGCAGUUAAAGAUGCCGGAGGAGGACACGAAGCCCUUCGUUUCCCGCUUCGCUUGCCAUGGCCCUCACCAACCCUAAUCCCCUUCUCUCCAACCCCGUAGCCCCGCCUCUCCUUCGCAUCCCCUCGCGUUGCCUCCUCCGUUGCCGCGCAGCCGCGGACGCCUCCUCGGACUGGUUCCGCCCCCGGGGCGACCCGCCCGAUGGAGGGAGAAUGUCUGCCCGGGACCCCGGGACUCGAAUUAACGCGACGGAGGAGAGCACGGACCAGAGCAGCAGCGGCAAUAAGAAGAAGAAGAAGAAAAGCAAGUGGUGGUGGUGGUCUCGGGACCGGGAGAGCUACUUGGCCAACGACUCCGACGCCCUGCCGCUGCCGAUGACCUACCCUGACUCUUCCCCGGUGUCACCGCAGGAGAUCGACCGCAGGCUCCAGUGUGAUCCCAGUAUCGAGGAUUGUAAGCCAGUGGUGUACGAGUGGACGGGGAAGUGUAGGAGUUGCCAGGGGACGGGGUUGGUGAGCUACUACAACAAAAGGGGGCGGGAGACGAUCUGCAAGUGCGUUCCCUGCCUUGGAAUAGCUCAUAGCGUCUUUUCUGAUUUUCGUCGAAGGUGGAGGCUUUGGCUGUUCUUUCUGGAGGGUAAUGGUCUCUUCAAGGAGAGGGGUGGGAAACACAAGACUCGCAUGCCUCUUCAACUGAUAUAUGAUAGCAUUCAUGGCCUUUGGAACCGCAUUGGGGUGGGGAACAUAUCACUCACAUGCCUACUCAAGACUCCUUUUGAUAUGAAGUUCCUCAAGGAUGAAUCCUUGCCACCAACAAGGGAGACCAAAAGAGGGAGAGAUCAUCUCUUUUUGGCUACUACUAAGAGGCAAUCUGCGGCGCGCCGGUGGUGCCGCCGAUGAACCCGCGCAUCUCGUUCUCCAGUGACUUCGUCGUGGAGCAGCACGCCGCACGGACCACGAGCCCGCCGCCCGAUCCCGACUUCGAGUUUGCCGUCGGCAGCCACUCGAUGAUCGACGCUGAUCGACUCUUCUUCGAGGGCCGGCUGCUCCCGCUCAAGGACACCCACCAACGCGGGCCGCAUCAGCGGGUCAUCACCACCUUGAGGGAAGAGCUUCGGACCGACGAGGACGGGGCCCGGUGGGAGCGGCCGCUGAAAGGAUCCAUUAACUGGUGGGUGUUGUUUGGAAUCAAGAAGGCCCGUCGCCGCUCGGCGGCGGCAGUGACGGCAAAGAAGAGCGACGAGGUUGAUGAUGAGCUUCUUGUCAAGCCAACAUAGGACCUCUACGGCCAAGAAGGAGCCUUCUCUAAUGGCGGAAAUGAUAAACUCUUCAUGAUACUGAAGCAACGAAGAGAGAAAGGACAGUUCAUGAACAGGUUUCUUUCUCUUCAUCUUGUUGAAGCUAUUGCCUUUAGCUAAGUUGGAAAUGAUGGUGGAUUGUGCAGGCACUGGGAUUUGAGGAGGCAGCUGUAUAUUAAGUCAUCAAUCAAUGUCUGUUUUCUGUCAAUUAAUUCACUGUACUUUCAACCAUGUGGUGUUUACGGCCCUUCUCUUCUUCCCUUUGUCUGCUGUACACAAAGUUUCAGCUGGAAGAUUAAUUGUGUGAAUGCUGAACCUGAAUUCAAAUCUGUGCAGAUGAGGUUCUCUCGGUAGCUUUUCUCUUGCUGCAAUCUAGUUUGUCCCUCUUGGUUGGGGAACAGUCAUGCCUUUGUCCUGUUGUCUGAGUUCUGAGGAACAAAGAGCAGAGACAGAGACUGUGGAGGUAACAUGAUUUUGGAUUCUGUCACUCAUGUCCUUGUUCUUGUUACCAGCAAACUUUAGAAAAUAUUAUAUGCCAACAACUUGUUCUACUCUAUUAUUUCA